GCAUUAGUAUUUGAUAGAGAAUCAUGCCUGGAGAACCACCAGUUACGACAGACUAAUUAGAGAUACAGAUUUCAGAUGAAAGGAAUGUUGUUAAUCUUUUUAUAAAAUCACUUUCAUAUUGACUUUUUAUUCACCAGUUGUCACCUCAAAUGAGAGUGCGGGUAACAAUGACAAGGGUGACAGAUCAGAAAUGGAAGUUGAUGAUCGACAGCAGGAACAAGCUGGUGGAAAAGCAAAUUCUGUAAAAAUACCAGCAAACAAAGCUACCAAACUGCAAGGUCACGAAUCAGAAGUAUUCAUUUGUGCUUGGAAUCGUACCACCCAUUCGUUGGCAUCUGGAUCUGGAGACAGUACAACACGUAUAUGGGCUAAGUCAGAUAAUUCACAAUCCCCCAAUCAACUAGUCUUGAGACAUUGUAUACAAAGGGCAAGUACUUAGCGGCAAGUCUUUAAAAGAAAGAUCAAAGCUUAGUCAGAAAAGAGUGCACAUUGGGUGGAAGAUCUGCUCGUAAAGUAAAGGCUUCAAACAUACUAAAGGCUCAGACAAGAUAGUAUCCAGUUUCAAGAAUCCUACCAUGACUUGCAGCAUGCAGAGGGAGUACACAGACCACAGAGAUGGUGUCUGGGAAGUCUCUGUAUGAGAUCCAGCCAACCAAUCAUUGCAACAGCAUCUGCUGAUCAUGCAGACCGCAACCCCAGGAAAGUCGAAAUUUGGGGUAUACUUGCUUCCUGAACUCGUUGCUGCAGUCCUUAGCAGCAUGUCCAGCAUUUAUAGAGUGGCUUCGAAGAAGACAGGAGGAUGUAAAGGGAGAAUCAUUUACAAGCAGCUUGAUGUUGGUUAUAGACAAAAUGGAUUUACAGAUGAUAUGUUUGGAAGCGUGAGGCCAGUUGAAGUAAUUACUUCUCUGGGUCCUCCCUGGAAUUUCACUCCUAGUUACUUCUACCACCAGUUACUGAUGUAUAUUUUUUUAUCGGAAUUUCAUUCGCAUUAAAUAAAUAAUAUAAUAAAAA